AUGACUGAGUCUCUUCAGCUGGACGAAGUCCCAGUCCCCAAGUACAUUGAGACCGACGAAAGGGAAUUCUUUGCUCGCCUGAAGGCAAUUCAAAACAAAUAUCCAAGCUACCCAGUUGUCCCAGUGACAAAGCACCCCAGCACCCCAAACCCCGAUCCCCAUCACAACCUCUCAAGUACCGAAUCAUGGAAAUCCGCCGCCAUCAGCGACACCCACAACCUCCAGGCUGACAUCCUAACCGCCCUCUUUGAAGAUAUUACCAUGAGAGACAUUGCCGCAGUCCAGUACCUUAUCAGACAGGGCCUCAUCGCCCCAGACUGCCCCAACGCAACCGGCGAGACCCCCCUGCUGGCAGCCAUCCGCAGCCGCAGCGUUCCCAUGGCACGCACGCUGCUGGCGCUCGGCGCUCAGCCGAAUCAGUUCGGCAAGGUGGGCCCGGACCCAACAUUAAUUCCCCCACAGACAGGCCGGGACCGCACGCCGCUCAUGCUGGCGGCGGCGAUGGGCAACCUCGUCUUGGUGAAGCUGCUGAUGGAGGAGCACGGCACCGACGACGCGCUGGUCGGCCCGGCGGGGGAGAUCGUGCUGCGGCUCGCGGCUGAGGGCGGCCACCGUGAUGUGGUUCGGUAUCUGCCUGCGCGGCGGGCGGGCGCGUGGCGGCGGCUGAAGCACAGUAAGGAGGUGAAGAGGGCGCGGCGUGCUGUGGCCGCCGCCGGGAGGAUUGUUGGGUUUCUCGGUUGGACUCUGCCCCGGUUUCUGCUGUGGGAAUUUCCCAGGGAGGUUGCGAAGUGGGCGUGGAGGCAUAGGCGCCUGUUUGGGGAGUUGUGUGUGCGGCUGAUCAAGGGCGUUCCGGAGGGCUUGAUGGUGAUUGCUAAGGCUACUUAUCGGCUGAUCGAAGGCUUUCCGACAAGCUUGAUGUCAAUAUUCAAGGCUGUUUAUCUUCAACUCAAGGGGCUGCCACGUCUCGGCUGGCAGGUGGUUAUUUGGAUCUCAAAGGCCUUGCCGCGGGCCUGGAAAGUUGUACGAAAAUGGCUGGUGGACGGCGCGAGGGCAAUCGGUGGUGCCAUUGCCUUCGGAGCCGUCCGGCUGGUCUCACUUUUGCACUCGCUCUUCGCUGCUGUCAUCAGUCGCCUUAAGGAGACCAAGCUGAAGGACCUUGGGCAUGACCUUUUGGUUGCCGUGGAUGCACUCUUCAACAAGCUGCCCAGAGAAAUAUGGUCUUUUGUAUCUCAACUGGUGGCGGUGUCCUGGAGGGCUCUGAAUGCAUUCUUUUGGAAUGAUUGCGUAUGGCUGCUGUUAGAGGUGGUUUGUUUUGUCCCACGCACCUUCUGGUCGAUGCUGGAAAGUCUGCUGGCAUGUGUUGGCCGCGGGCUGGAUGAGCUUAUCACUCUGCUCAACCCGAAGAGGUUUCCAGCGGGUACAACUCGAUCAUAA